AUGGACGCAGUUCAGGCCAUUGUCGCCCUCCACCAUCUGGAAAGGAUUGUGUUUCGCAGAAUUCUUGAUAUGGGGACCGACGUCCAACUCUCCAUGAGGAUUGUUUCCUUCUGGCUAUGGCUUGAGGCAGAAGGGUACGAAGACAUAGUGAAACGAUUGUGCUGUCAUGAUGAUGAACUCUUGGCCCAUGCCUGUGCUGAAGCCAAGGUGGCCUUGGCUUCUCUCAACUCUGAUUCACUUCAGUCUGGUUCAUUGGGUGUCAUUCCGAUCACUGCUAGGCUUUCUGGGUGCCGUUCCUCCCUCUUUAACAUAUCCAAAAACAAAGAUUCCGUCUCCAAGGACAUUUCUGGACUCUGUAAUGGAGUAUGCAGCGUGAUUUUCAAGGAUAUUUUGGAAGAGAGAGGGCUCAAGGCUGAUAAUAAUAACACUUGUGAUGAAUCCCAUGAUAUUAAAACUACUGGACAGGUUGUGAGGAAAUGGUUCCGACCAAUGGGACAGGGGAUGAACCAGCAGGGUGGCGCUGCAGGCCUGCCAGGGCUUUCCCCAAUAAAUGGGCCGCUGCUAACUAGGGCUCGAUCCAAACUCAACCCUUUUGCGAAGGAAUGGAACCCGUGGCAAGAGAGAGCACCCGAGGAAGAUCGAAGCUUGUUCAUCACCUUCUCCAAUGGAUAUCCUCUGAGCAAUUUCCAGUUAUGGCAGUUUUUUACUACGAUGUAUGGAGAUUGCGUAGAAAAGGUUGACGUGAACUGGGCGGAGACCAGAAGAGGACCGCCGUUGUUCGGGAAGGUGGUGUUCACUAAAUCCAGCGUGCCAGCCUUGAUCGUCAACAACAAAGAGCAUGCCAAAUUUUUGGUCCAUGGAAGGCCACUUUGGUGCAAGAAGUAUCAACCCAAGAAGGAAGUAUCAACCUCUCAUUCUGAGCAGAAUUAA